CACAUACACGUCACGGGGGGGACAGAAAAACACUGGGAAAUGUUUAAUUCCCACAAUUAUUUAUUCACGCCUGUUCUAGUGUGUGUCCGCGAGGCUUUUUUUCGCAGUUUUAAGUGCAACUUCCUGUCGUCAGUCACCGGUGAGUGCUCUCUGUCGUCAGCCCGCAGAAAAGGGCUGCUGACUCUGUCACACAGACACUGAACUUCCCGUCAAGACACAGCACUGGCGAAAAGAGCUGCUGCUGCUGCUCACAGAAAAAGGGGAACGACAUCGGGGGUUGUCAAGAGGAGAGGACACGCUCCAGUCCACUUGUGGGCAGAGAAACGGUGCCAUUGUCCUCCAGCUGAGGGCGAGCAGAGACAGGUCUCUGCUAAUUAGCCUGCGUGGGUCCCUGCAGAGACCGAGCUAGCUGCAGCGCGGAGCUGCCUGCACAGUGUGUGAGUGACCGACGUGGUUGUUUUAGCCACAAUUGGGACAUUUAUCUGAAAAACUGGCGCUAGAUUUUCUACUAAUGGGAGCCCUUAUCCGAUAGUCAUCACUCCCUCCCUAUACCCCCCGUCGGACCCUGGCUUGGAGUCGCCACUCGGGCGCUGUCCUCGUCGGGGGGUGUAGGAUCACCACCGCCCGGUCCAGCUAACUCCAGGCGGCGGUUCGGUACCCCUGACCCCCGCCCUGCCUCGCCUGUGUGCCGCUCUGGCUAGCCGAGUCCGAACAUGGCAGGGAACUUGAAGAAAGGCGGGGGGCUCAUCGGCAUGAUGAAGGAUGCCUUUCAGCCACACCAUCACCACCUCCACUCCCAUCACCAGCCAGGGGCCGUGGACAAAAAGACGGUCGAGAAAUGCUGGAAACUAAUGGACAAGGUGGUGCGCCUGUGCCAAAACCCCAAAUUGGCUCUGAAGAACAGCCCCCCUUACAUCCUGGACCUGCUGCCAGACACCUACCAGCACCUGCGCACCAUCUUGUCUCGCUAUGAGGGCAAAAUGGAGACUUUGGGGGACAAUGAGUACUUCAGGGUCUUCAUGGAGAACCUAACCAAGAAGACCAAGCAGACCAUCAGCUUGUUUAAGGAGGGCAAGGAACGCAUGUACGAGGAGAACUCACAACCCAGGCGGAAUCUCACCAAGCUGUCGUUGAUCUUCAGUCACAUGCUGGCUGAGCUGAAGGCCAUCUUCCCCAAUGGUUUGUUCCAGGGCGACAACUUCCGCAUCACAAAGGCAGAUGCUGCAGAGUUCUGGAGGCGCGCCUUCGGGGACAAGACCAUUGUGCCUUGGAAGAUGUUUCGUCAGUCUCUCCAUGAGUUUCACCCCAUCAGCUCUGGACUGGAGGCCAUGGCCCUCAAGUCCACCAUAGACCUCACCUGCAACGACUACAUCUCUGUUUUUGAGUUUGACAUCUUCACCAGGCUAUUCCAGCCUUGGUCGUCCCUGCUGCGGAACUGGAACAGCUUGGCAGUUACUCACCCGGGGUACAUGGCCUUUCUCACCUACGAUGAGGUCAAAGCACGGCUGCAGAAGUUCAUCCACAAGCCUGGCAGUUACAUCUUCCGACUGAGCUGCACACGUCUGGGCCAGUGGGCCAUUGGUUACGUGACGGCAGAUGGAAACAUACUCCAGACCAUUCCCCACAAUAAACCCCUCUUCCAGGCCCUCAUUGAUGGUUUCAGGGAAGGAUUCUAUUUAUUCCCCGAUGGCCGGACCCAAAACCCAGAUCUGACAGGACUGUGUGAGCCUUCGCCUCAAGACCACAUCAAAGUCACACAGGAGCAAUAUGAGCUGUACUGUGAGAUGGGCUCCACUUUCCAGCUGUGCAAGAUCUGCGCCGAGAACGACAAGGACGUGAAGAUUGAGCCCUGCGGUCAUCUCAUGUGCACCUCCUGUCUCACUGCCUGGCAGGAGUCAGAGGGUCAGGGAACGGGAUGUCCCUUCUGUCGCUGUGAGAUUAAGGGUACAGAGCCCAUUGUUGUGGAUCCUUUUGACCCCAAGGACAACAGCGGGGGCUCCUGCAGGGGCAUGUUUGGGGCUGAGGGUGCUCCAUCGCCCAGCUAUGAUGAUGAUGAUGAUGACAGACUUGAAGACCCUCACCUCAUGAUGAGCAAACUUGCCUGUGCAAAGGUGGAGCGACCCCCGUCGCCUAUGUCCAUGGCUCCUCAGUCCUCUCUUCCCCCUGUGCCGCCCAGACUAGACCUGCUACCACACAGACCUUCCAACCCCCCUGGUGCCUCCAGCCCAGGGGUCACUAGUAAGGCAGCAUCUCACCACAAAGACAAGCCUCUUCCCCUCCCCCCAGCACUGAGGGAUCUCCCCCCUCCGCCUCCUCCUGCCCGCCCCCACACAGCUGGGGCAGCACCCGAUGGACGGCUGCAGAGGCGGCCCUUACCCUGCACUCCUGGUGAUCCCUCUCGAGAGAAGCUCCCUCCUGCACCCCCGAACCGGCCCCUGGCUGACUGGAACUCCCGGCCUGUUCCCAAGGCCCCUACCUCCUCUUCCUCAUCAUCCUCCUCAUCUUCGUCAUCCACUCAAGUCUCCAGUCUGGGAGUGGACAUCCGAGCAGGUGUCAGGGAACUCUCCAACAGACACUCCCUCCCUUUGGCGCUGCCCUCAGCUCUGGACACACGCUCAGACUCACAGAAGAACAACAGCUCCCUCAGUCUGGACCACCAGCUGAAUUUUGCAGCAGUCACCAGUCAAGAUUACGACAAACCCAAAGUCAAGCCCUCAGUCUCAGCCAACGCCAUCUAUGCACUGGCAAGCAGACCUUCUCCAGCCCCGAGGCCAAUGACGGGAGAGGAGGCACGUGACAGUGAGGAGGAGUCUGAGUACAUGAUCCCCUCCUCUCGCCCUGUCCUGCCCCCCAUGGCGGCACCACCUGUAGGGGAGACCCCACCAGUCCCGAGGCCUCCACAGCCUCAGCCACUUUCAGCACUCCAGACACAGACCCAGGCCUCUGCCCUCAACUCACGGCUGACACUGGCUGAACUCGAGGAUGGACCUCAAAUGUAUGAAGCGAUGUACAACAUCCAGUCCAGGUCGCAACAAGCCAGAGACUCGGACUAUUCAGAGUUGCCCCCUCAGGCAAUGACCAAUGGUCCCAGAGACCAUGCAGCCGAGGACAGGGAAGAAGAGGAGAACGGCUACGACUUCCCGAAACCCCGGCUGCCAAUGCCCACGGCCAGGCGGACCCUUUCAGAGCUGGGGGGGUCAUCUUCCUCCUCGUCAUCUUCCUCAUCCUGCUCAUCCUCCACAGCUGCUUUCAGCCGCCUUUCACUAGAUUCGGACGCUGGAGCUGCAGCACCUUUCUCAGAGCCAGUGGAAGCACCAGAGAGACCUCCAAAGCCCCUGCCCAGACGAAUCAACUCUGAGCGCCGACCCAGCCCCGUCCCGCCUGUCCCCGCCCCACCCAGUGUUGGGGCUGCAGGUGGAGAAGCCAACCCUCUAAUCAGUAGCGAGAUCGAGCACCUCAUGAGUCAGGGAUACUCUUACCAGGACAUCCAGAAAGCGCUGAUGAUUGCACAGAACAAUAUCGAAAUGGCCAAGAAUAUCCUCCGCGAGUUUGUCUCCAUUCCCUCCACUGCGCAUAUUCUUACAUAGCACGCUCCGUGUGCCUUUCUCUCGUGUUUGCUCUCUCGCCCUAGCUUGGCCCAGCCUGGUUGGGUUUAGGUUGGCAUGACCCAACCCAAAGCCCAUUGCCUGCAGCACUACCUCCGCUGCUGGCUGACGCCCUACAUCCCUGUGGAUUUUUAACUGGCUGUUACUCCAGGGACUCCACGCCCUGCACUCCAUGCGCUUUCAACAGUGUCCGGCCUUCUUUAAACUGCUACAGCAGGCCUCUGUGUUUUCACGGACAUCUCCGUGGGAGUAACCAAGCAUGUGUGGAGAAAUGACGGGACGCCACGUGGCGCAAGACUUUUUGUAGGAAUCCUGGGAAGACAGAUUCUUAUCUUUCAUGUUGAAGCCUCUUGCUGAAAAUGUAACCAACACCUCACAAAUAAAACUAAAAAAUGUAUGUCUAUAUGAAAAUUUAAUAUAUGAGUAAAUAUAUAUUAAAUGUGUGUAAUAUAUAAAGUACGUGCAUAUACAGUAUGUUAAAAUGACUUCAGCUUCGAGGGUCGCUGUUGGUACAAGUGAUAUGGGUAGACGGGGACCAGAUCAAAGGGGGGUUUGGCCUUUUCUCAGACUGAGUGAUGUGAGCGUGGAGAAAUACAGGUGAGGAAGAGAAAGAGUCAGGGUGUCUUCCUCACCAGGAUGAUGUUCAGUCAGCAGCAGCUUGGAAGACAGAGCAGCAGAGCUUCUUCAUUAUGAAUUCAGUCUGUCACGGCCUUUGAUUAACAACGUUGCGUGGGUACUUUUUUUUUUUUUUUUUUUUGAAAAAAAAACAUGCUUGUUUUGUCGUGUUGGAACUUUCAAAGUAGCAUGACGAUGGUUUCAGGUCUGGACUGUCGUCUGGCAGUGUGUGUUUAUAUCUGUGAGUUUGUGAAUGUUAAUGUGUUUUUGUGUGUGUGUGUGUGUGUGUGUGUGUGUGUGUGUGUGUGUGUGUCUGUGUGUGUCUGUGUCUGUGUCUGUCUGCCAGACCCACUCCUCAUGACCUGCUCUUAAAUGAACCUCCUCCUCCUCCUGUACAACAUGAAUGUGGAAUUACAGUCAGUAUACUCAGACCCGUGCUCUGUAAAUGUACUACUGCUCUAACUCAAGUGUCAGGGCCUAGUGUAGCUGUAGAGCCUGGCAGUGAGAUUAUUAGAGGACGUACUAAUAUUGACAACCCUGCAGUACCAGACAGGCUAGUGUCGUGUGAUCCGUGGUGGCUGAAACGUUUUCAUUCUGUCUUUGUCUAACUUCACUGGCUGGCUGAUGAAAAGUUUCUGUCUCCAGCUCAGUCCAGUGUUACGAAAAAAGAAAAAAAAAGUCAUUGAUUUACUUUGGUAAUAUAUUGUUGUAAUAUGGUCGUAAAUAUUGUUAUUCUAAUUAAUUCAGAAGUGCUUCACUGCUGCUACUAUUGUUAGUGCUAAACAAUUAAGCCUUAAAUGUACAUUUGUGAAUAUUGUGUUUAACCAUCAUCCUGUUUCCUUAAAGUGACAGUAUCAUCCAUGUUUCUCUGGUCCGUAAUGUAGCAUACUUGAAAGUACAAGCGGCUUGUGAGUCUACAGCCCUCUCAAGCUGACGACGCUUCAGUGUUUAAUAUCUUCUUUUUUUUAAAUAUAUAUUCUCUAUGAUACUCUACAGGUAGACUCAAACAAAAACAAAAAAACAAAAAAAAAACAAAAAACAAAUGCUUUCGCUUUGGAAACCAGCCAUUUUGUAAUCGAUUCGAGCUUCUCUUUCACAUCAGUUUCCUUUCUUUGCGGGGGUUCAUUGCCUUUGAAAGGGAGUGAUUGCAGAGGCUUUUUAAGAAGUAGGCUCAUGGGUUUGCUGGCCCACCCCCAAGUCUACAUUAAAAUCAGUAUUUGGGCCAACUGUAAGAGCUAACUCAGGAAUAAUGUUUAUCUAAACAAGUGGCGUUCACCCGAGCUGUCAAAAACCCGGAGGAGACUCAUUGGCACAGAUAGCAGCUCACCCACCGUUUCUUCAUCCAGGUGACAUGUAGCCAAAAGUAUCCGCUUAAUGAAGUCACACAAGUAGCCUAUUAUUUUUUUGUCACAGUAUAACUUGCACAUUUUUUGUAUUAUUUCCGAUGGCAGGAUUAGAGACAGCAGCUUCAUUUCCAGGUACUAUGAAUGAAUAAGAUAAAAACAAAACAAAAUGCAAGGAGCUUUUAGGUACAUUGACUUGAACCUCUUAUAUGUAUAGCAUAUGAAGAAGAAUGUUUUUUGGGGGGAAGGAUGUGAAUCAUGUUGAUAGCUAAUCAGCCCUUGCUUAUUCUGGGUAAUGCUGUCUGUUGACUGGAAGCUAUCUCUGCGCUGUCCGGCCAUCCUCUAGUGUUUCUUUUCUGUUCCUAGUUGCCUUGAGAAACUUCUUGAAUGAUGGGUGAUGGACGGGGAGGUCUGCAAUCCUCAAUACUGUACCAAUGUUUUGUUGAUGCUUCGAGGACAGCAUGUCAUUGUUGUUAUUAUUUACCUUUGUUUUGUUUUCACACAUUAUACCAAUUUGUGCUUCGAUACUGUCACUCUAAAGAAAAAGCUAAUUGUAAAAAGUUUGUGAUAUGAAAAAAAUGUCUUGUUUUAUUUCAUUUUUGCAUUCCUGUACAUGUAUUUUUUUUCCCAAAGGUUUUGUUUACUUAUGUGAAUAAUUCUGUGAGCAGUGCCAUAUGUUUGGAGAUCCUCACCAUGUUUAGAGUAAGGCCUUGUUUUGAAGAGUUAGUAGGUAUUGAUCUCUACCUGUUGAUCUCAGAAGGCUAGAUUGUGCAGUAUUGCUUGUAUUAAUCUGUCCUCUAUGCCUUGUCAGCUGCAAGGCACUUGUGCAUUUAUGAGCUGAUCUGUAAAAAAGUCUUCUUUUGUUUGUGUUACUCAAAAAGAUAAAUUUAGAUCCCAGAUCAGUACUCAGCCUCAGAAAUGCUCAAUGUGUACCAGCCCCCAAUUCCCCUCAGUCCCUGUGUUGGGGUACUUAAAUUUUUUGCCAGAAGAGGGAGCCGUUGUUCUAUGUAGCCGUGUCGCUUCUCAUCAGUAAAAGGCAUUCAUUAACUUUUUGAUGGUUUUUAAAGCUCAUAUCACUUUGGAAGUAUGCACAGUGCUGUUAUUAAAAUGAUGAGCAGAA